CUGGUCAGCUCGUGCAAGUUACACGGGGAUCGUGCUCGCGUCCCGGCGCCAGCUGCCUCCUCCGUCGGGCCAGGGGCGCCCAGACCUCUCCCAGGGCGCACUUCGGCAGUAGAAAAGGAAUCAGAGUGGUUCGUGUGGGGUCCGACCCCUGUCCGCCCUCUCGACGCUGGCGUUCCCGUGUACAACACAUGCAGUAUUGCUCGACAUGUGUUUCGCAUGGGCAAGUGUUUCUCCGCAUGGGUGACGUCAUACGAGGUUUUCUGAUGAAGCCUUGAAUAUCACAAACUGGUAUUUCAAAAAAUGGAUCCACGAGCUAAAGCAUAGUGCCAACAUGUGAUCCCGCCACUGAAGAUUCAAUCCUGAGCUCUUCAUAGAUGGCCUGCCGUAGGGAGUUGUCAGGACAAGUCUGCGUUGUGCUGUGAAGUUAGCACCUGAGCAGAAUUCGGUCUGGACGUUUCUUUUCUUAUAUCAACACGCUGCCGGCCGUAGCGUCCUUAUACAGCAGUCCUGUCCCCUAUAGCCUUGGGAUCAAAUGCUUCAGGGUAAGGAUCGUCAGCUUGUAGGGCUAUGACCAUGCCGAACAUCAACUGGCUGCGGGUGCAAAAUUGCUCCUUUGGUGGAAGAUCCUUCUCGACCUCCGCGAUUUCUUCUGGGGUCAGUUCGAAAGCGCUGCAGAAGCGCAGCACGCCAGAAACGCCUGAAAGACCAUCAGGCCGCAAAGGCAACACCAUUUGCCCCUUCGGGUAUGUACCAUCUACAGCUGUCAAACCAAAACGCUUUGAACUGUCCCAACCAAAACGGCUAUAAUAGGUUGGAUGCCCCAGCAGCACAACAGCUUCAUAUCCCUUUUCACGAGCACGCGAGAUUGCCUCUUCAAUAAGUUUUGUUCCAAGGCCUUGUCCCUGCAAUUCUGGUGCAACACAAAUGGGGCCGAAGGCAGCAAUGAGACAAGACUCGUGCCCUUCCACCGCAGCUCUGCUGCCAGCAAGGUACGCAACCACUUCGCCUUCAAUAACUCCCACCAACUGAAGAUCAGUAAUGACAUCGGGAUGUUCUCGAAGCUUUCUUACUGCUACAUGCUCUUCACAUCCUGGCUGAUACAGAUUCCAAAACGCCUCUCGGACAAGUGCAUCAACUGCUUCAGUGUCAGCUGGUUCCUCUCUUCGGAUUAACAUCUCACUCAUUCGCUGAAGAUACCUCGACGACAAAGUUCCUGAAAAGCCAGAAAAUAUUUAUAAUGAUUCACCACCUGCUUGUCAGCUUGCACUGGGACGGGAAAGGCCUCUUGCAACUCAAGCAGAAAUCGCUGCUUGAAAAUGGCCUAAGCCGAAACUCCCACAUGGAGCUUAUAACCGGUUGCUCGAACGUACUGUGUGUAAGCAUG